GACGCACCCACUGUAGGAAACAUCCUCUCCACGUCCAAUUUAUCUCAGCCUUUCAAUAUCCGAUGGAUUUCGAUGAGAUUCUUCUAAACUCCAGUGAGUACAGGCACAGAGCCAAAAAAUGCUCCUCAUAAAUUCACUCUGUGAUUCUAUGUUUUCUCAGUAAUGUAUCCUGCUCUGUUUGCUUUAGUAACAUGCAGUGUUGUCAGUUGUUUUUUUUAAAGCUAAGCCCGUCAGACACUGGAAAUUUGAAACAAAAGCAUGGUUUGCUGGACAUGCACUGGCUGUAGCUAAAGGAUGAGAAACGAGGGCAGUCCAUGUUGUCAAAUCUACUUAGUCAUAUUGACACAGGCUUCAUGGAAUUCAGGUCAAAAGUCACAACAUGACAGACGUUAAGAAAGCAGAUGUGCUGGAACUUUUGCAAAGGAUUAGGAUAGAUGUCAUCCCAAAGGCUGGAUGAGAUCUACCCCAAGAAGCUGUACCUUUUUUUCCGGGGUGGAAAUGGCUCGUACGAACUGCAUACAUUGAAGAUGACUGGAAGAAACUACAGGGCAAUAUCGGAGUGGUUCUUCAGCUUGGUUUUUGCCCCUUUUAUUUUUGCAAGUGCGAAGGCCGUUGAUGUGGAAGAACGAACCUAUCAGCACGAAGGCCAAACCUGCACUCGUUGCCCUCCAGGCACCCACCUGAAGACACAUUGCAGCAAAACCCAAGACACGGUUUGCGUCCCUUGCUCUGAAAAGCAUUACACACAGUACUGGAAUUAUUUACAGAAGUGUCAGUACUGCAAUAUUUUCUGCCAAGAAAACCAGAACGUUAAGCGGGAAUGCGAUCGGUACCACAACAGAGUAUGCGAAUGCAAGGAUGGAUAUUUCUUGAAGUACGAGUUCUGUGUGAAGCAGAAAGAAUGUCCUCCUGGAUCUGAAGUUCAAACUCCAGGUACUCCACUACGUGACACCGUUUGUGCAAAGUGUCCUUCGGGUUUCUUUUCGUCUGUGACGUCCGCCACUGCGAAAUGUGAGAGACACACCAAUUGCACUGACCUGGGCUUAGAACUGGAUGUUGCUGGUACGGCGUGGCAUGACAACUUGUGCAGCCCCUGCCAGCCCCGCAACUCUGAAGAGGGUAUUUCAGUGUGUGAAGAAGUUCUUUUUAAUUUUGUGGCACAGCAGAAUAUCAGGCAAAAGAAAUUACUGCAGCUCAUAAAGGUACUCACCGGUUCAACACAAGAUGACAUCCUGCAGGAUAAACUGCAGCUUUUGCCUUUACUUAAAAAAUGGAAGACGCAGCAUGGUGUAAACAGAUCUGCAGAGGACUUAGUGACAGCUCUGAAGAAAGUUAAGCUCAAUAAAAUUGCAAAAAAAGUUGCAAAAAAGUUCCUCAAAGCUAGAAGCAGAAUAGAGUGCUUUGCCAGAACAACAAGGAAAUGGGAUAUAUGAAUGCAGUUCUAAUAACUUUUAAAAGCCCAUUGCGUGUAUUCCUUCCUCAUUUUAUUUUUCCUAAGCAACUUUUCCAGAUCAAAAAUGUGUCAUCAUUUGAGUUAGUCUGUUCAAAACUUAUAAAGUAUGAUAAAGUUGUGAAUGUUUCCAGGAUUAUACAAUUGUGGAGGCUAUUUGGUUAUAUUUUAAGAGUAAGCAGACAAGUUAAGAGAAAGUACACAACAAUUAAUCCACUGUUGAGCAAUGAGUGGUCAAUAUGUAAUGGUGUUAAAUUAACCAGGAAUAAAUAUAUGUUGUGGUUAUAGUUUGAGCUAGUUUAAGAUAAAUAUGGAUCAUAAUUGUUAACCAUCAAUAAUGACGAUAAAGACAGAGUAAAACUUACCAUUUACAACUAUGACAAUAGUGAUAAUGAAGUCGUCCUUUAUUUAGAGUAUAGAAGAGAACAACACAGCAGUAGGCCAUUCAGCCCACAAAGUUGUGCUGAACCAAAUAAGAAGCAAAUCCGAAACACCCAAACACUAGUCCCUCCAAUCUACACCACGUCCAUGUCUCUCCAUCUUCCUCACAUCCAUGUGCCCAUCCAAGCAGCUCUUAAAAGCCUCUAAUGUAUUUGCCACAGAUACAGAAUACACAGAUAUGUAGCACUAAAAAAGAUUGUGUGAUCAUUAUAUGAUUGUUGUUUGUUAGAGUUGGCUGGGCAGGAACUGACUUCUGUCUCCUGCAAUGAAACAGUGAGUCCUCAUCAAGACUCUUUUGGCUUUGGGUUCUCUGCGUUUCCUAAGGUUGUAAGACAUUCUAAAGUUAGGCAAAGGUUUUAUGUUUUUUUGUAGGUUCUUUCAAUUUUAUACAAUGGUUUAGAAUUAUUAGUUUAUUUAUAUAAUGGUAAUGUUUAUCUGCAAUAUAAUAUCUGUUGAUAUUAUAAUACCUAUUGAUAUGUAUAUUUGCAGGUUCUUAGACUGAGAUGAUGUAUAUUUAUUCAACACUGGAGACUAGAACGCAUUUCAUUAAAGACAACCAAAAUGAACCUUUUAUAGAUUUAAUUUCUUCCAUCAAUACCUUGGCAGCCUAGAGUCAUCAAAAAGUAUAAUGCAGAAACAGCCUUGGGCUCGUCUAGUCUG